AUGACCAAGAUCAUCCUGUCUACGGGCAAUGUCAUGUCCGCAGGCCCCUCCAUCAUCCGCAAAGGUGGCGGCCACUCCAAAUCGAACCUCGAGCUCGUCAAUGCCCUCCGAGACAACAUCCACUCCACAAGGCUAGACUACGCACCCGACGCUUCCCCGGCCGACGGCUCCGGCACCCUUCCCUCGCCGCCUCAGACCCCCGUCGAGCUGUGGACGGAGCGGGACGAGAAGACGCUCUACAUCCCGCGGAUCGACUGGCAGGCCGCCGGUCUGCGCGAAGACCCCGGCGACUACGAAAUCACCGUCAAGCUGUUCCUCCUGCCCGGCACCCCCGUCGCCGAGCGCGAGCAGUACGCCCGCGAGGCGCUCGACCUGGUGCGCAAGGAGCUCGGCAUCCAGACCAUUGACCUGCUCAUCGUCUCCUUCCCCGGCAUGUCCUUCGAGGGCACCUGCGAGAAGGCGGCCGAGCGCAUCAACGCCCAGCAGGGCGACCUGGAGGCGGAGCUGGCCUCGUGGCGCGUCUUCGAGGACCUGCACGCCGCCGGCCUGGUCAAGCGCCUGGGCGUCGCCGAGUUCGGCAGCGAGAAGCUGCGCGCGUUCCUCGAGCGCACCCGCGUCCGCCCGGCCGUCGACCAGGUCAACCUGCGCGACUGCUGCAACGUGCCCGCGCCGCUCAAGAGGCUCGCCGAGGACGAGGGCGUCGAGCUUCACGUCCACACCGACUGCACCGACAUCCUGCCGCGCGGCACCCUGCGCGAGCUGCUCGGCCACGGGCCCCAGGGCGCGGGCGUGCUGGCGGAUGCGGCCCACGGCGGCGCCGGGCUUGAGGGCGAGCUCACGCCGCAGUGGGUGGUGCGCUAUGUUGCGCUUGUCAAGGACCGCGGCGUCAUUGAGAACAAGGGCUACUUUGCGGGAGCUGAGCUUGCUUGA